CAGUGAACCAGUGAAGAUGUGGAGGGGAGGAGGGUGAUACUAACUAUAUAGUGUAUACACCUGGCUUCAAAUAAACUCAUUUACACCCCUUUCAAAGAUACAACAUUUAUCUAAAGUUACUUAUUGGCUGAGAAGUAUGAAUAUAAUGUACUGUGCUUCAACUUCAAAAGUUUACUGAACCCGUGGCAAGAAACAGAAUUGACGAGAUGUACGAGGGUGAGAUGGACUCCGAUAAAGAAGAGGAUCUCCUUCAAACAUGGCUCGGAGAACUAGAUACUUUAAAGAGGGGUUUGGUUGGAGGAGAGUCCGGAUCAAGGAUAGAGAUGAGGAGAAGGGAGGAGAACAGACGAUCCCUGAUACAGAUGGAUCCGAACCAGGACGAGGAGUUAGAUAAGAUCCUAGGGGAGCUGAGCGAGCUGGAGAAUCAGUUUUCCAGGGAGAUCGUAGAGAAGUCAAACACAAACACUAACAGUAGGAUGGAAAGUAGUCUUGUGAGCAGAGUUUCUACCGGACCUAGAAACUGUUCUCCAGAUACAGAUUCAGCAUUCUGUGACAACCUAUCCGUCCUCUCUAGCUGCUCCGCUAGUAGCAGCACUGAUAAGAAGAGUAGUGGGGUGAGCAGCGAAGGGAGCAGCGCAGACGAGGAUGCUAGGAUAAAGGCAGAGAAGAUUAAGAUCGCCAUUGAGAAGAUUAAAGAAGCAUCUGUGAAGAAGUUGUUUAUCAAGGUGUUUACUAGUGAUGGUUCAGCUAAGAGUCUCUUGGUGGAUGAGAAGAUGAACGUUGCUCAGGUGACCAGGAUGUUAGCGGAGAAAAACCACGUGGCCCUGGACCCUAAAUGGGCCCUAGUUGAGCUGGUCCCUGACCUAUAUAUGGAGCGGGUGUAUGAGGACCAGGAGUCCUUGGUUGAAAACUGUCUCCUCUGGAAGGUUGACUCCAAGAACACUCUGUGGUUCAUUGAACGCCCGGAGAAGUUUGACCUGUUUAUGAGACCUGAAAUCUAUCUUCUAGGGGAUACGUCCUCGGAGAAGAACGAUCCUAUGGAAGAGCACUGUCGCCAGGAACUAGUGGAGGAAUACUUCUCUGUGGCUGGAGUUGGCGCCCCUCAGGUUGAAGGGUUUGCUUGGCUCAAGGCUGAAAAUAAAAAGUCUUGGAAGAAAUUUUAUUUCGUACUUCGAACAUCUGGACUGUACUACUCCCCUAAAGGGAAGAAGAACUCUAAAGACCUAUUAUGUUUGUGCACUUUUGACGUGAAUCAAGUAUAUUACGGAGUUGGCUGGAAACGAAAAUUUAAAGCUCCGACAGAUUUUUGUUUUGGCAUAAAACACCCACAAAUACAAGCUAAAAAUCCAAAAUACAUCAGAUAUUUGUGCGUAGACACGCAAAAAGAGCUCCACCAAUGGGUGACUGGAAUUAGAAUUGCCAAAAAUGGACAAAGCUUGCAUGAAAACUAUCGAACCCUAGUAGACGAAAUCACGCACGCAGAUCUAGAUAUUUUGGUUGGAAAACGAGGUUCUGUGAACUCCGCAGUUUGUCUCGCAAACUCCGGCAAAGCUGAGAGCUGUGCAACAAAUCUAAAUCUACACAGCCCAAUCUUGACUCCGAUGUCGGAAAAUAAAAGUUUUGAUUCCGUUCUGUCCAGCGGGAUUCGAUCUGAGUUCUUUAAGGAAGAACCUCUCUCCAGUGCAUGUGAUCUAGCCAGGUUUGAUUUAAGAGUAAAUGAAACCAGUACCCCGUUACCCGGAGCAUCAAUUCUCAAGAGAACAUCAAAAUCUUCGUCUAGUCUCAGUGAUAAAUCUAGCGUUGAGCAGGGGUUUGAAAGCGAUCAUCCUGCCGGAGGAACAAUAAAAAAGCGUCCUCCAACCUGCGCUGGAACUCCGUCUGAUCUCUUCUCGUUCGAAAGAAGCGAUCUUAAUUCCGGAUCCAACCAUUCAAACAUUAGACUCGGAGCAGGCGGAACCUUACUCCGGAGAUCAAACUCAGCUGAGAGAAUAAACAGUGGAAGAAACUACGAGGAGCUCCAGCAACUACUGGAUGAACUCCACACAAACGUGAAACAGGCCAAAGAUAUUCAGGCGAAGAUCAAGAACUCUAUCCGAUCUAACGAUGAGAUAUCUGAGUUUCCUCCUCCUCCUGGUUUAGAAACCCCUCCUCCUCCUCCUCCCAGAACCAGCAGCAGAUUGAGUAUAGACGAGGAUAUUCUUCCUCCUCCCCCACCUGAACUCCAAACAUGUUUAUCGUUUGAAACCACGAGCACCCUAGGCCGGAGAAAACUUCCUCCGAUAGCUCCGAAACCCAAUCUGAGCCGGAUGCCAAGCUCUCCUAAGUUCAAACCUACCUACGGAACUUUACCCAAUCCUGGGAAAAAAUCUUCUAAACAUAAUGAACUCAGGUUCAGCGGAUCAGGACGAAGAAUAUCUUUUGAUGAUAAUAUUCAACUAAUCGACGACGGAGUUCCUGGGAACUCUUGUGUUCCCAGCCAGGAGUCUCCGAUCUCACCACGGUUCCUGCAAGGAUUGGAACAGGUGGUUUCUAGACUCCCACCACCUUCUCCAUCUCCUCUUCGUGGAACCUUCCUCCCUCCUCCUUCUCCAUCCUCAAACCCCCCUGAACCUCUGUACUCUGCUGUGAAGAAGCCAGGUCGAACGAACAAUCUUGAUUUUAGACAACCCAGAUCAUCUAGUUCAAGUCCAUGCCAGAGAAAAGGAUUCUCCAGUGGAGUAGGUGUACCUAGAGCACUUGGUUCUAGUCCUAAUCAGUCUCAGGUUUGCUGCGUUGGUUCUGUGAAAUGCAAGAGUUCAGGAGAUUCUUCCCCCGAGGAGACACGGUAUACAAAUACAUACAGAAACUGGAGAGAAGGAGAGGUUGGAGAUUACUGGAGUAUUGAUAAUUCAGGGUAUGCUCGGAGUACUGAAGUAAACUCAGGGUAUAUCAGUAGUACGUCAGAACAACCAACCCGUCCUAGCGAUGAUAUACAAACCCGGUUGAGUAGUUCUCCUUUAUCUUCUAAACUAUGGAGUUCUAAUUCCUCUACUAGUGGAUCCUCUAAACCCUGGGGGUCUGGUUCCUCUACUAGUGGAUCCUCUAAACCCUGGGGGUCUGGUACUCCUCCUAUAAGCACUCCAUCUAAGCUCUGGGGAUCCUUGAGAGGAAAAAAGAGCACGCCAACACUAGACAAGCAGACCUUUAGUCCAUAUCUGAAAACGAUGUCAUGAAAAUCCACAACAUUCCAGAUUUUCCUAGAUAUUCCAAGGAAAAAUGAUGAUUAGCAAAGCAAACCAAAACUACGAAUAUUCUUGUGAUUUUAGGAGAUAAAGACGACAUAUUAAACACAAUGUUAACUGUGAACUAACAGCUGUAUAGAAUACUAUAUUACAACAAUCAUUUAUUUUACAAUGCUUAUUAGAGCAUAUUUUCUUGCUGCAUUGUUUCAACUUAAUGAAUAAAAAAAAAUAUCAUGA